AUGUCGCCACUGCUGCCCUUGCGCUGCCUGAACUCCCCCUUCUCCUCCCAACGGGGACAAGGCACGUUCGUCUCAGCCUUCACCGUGCUGUGUGGGGCCCGCACUGACCUCCCGGACAGACACGUGUGCUGCGUCUUCUGGCUGAACAUCGCUGCGGCCCUCAUCCAGGUGCUCACAGCCAUCGUCAUGGUGGGCUGGAUCAUGAGCAUCUUCUGGGGUAUGGACAUGGUCAUCCUUGCCAUUUCCCAAGGAUACAAGGAGCAGGGCAUCCCGCAGCAACUGUGAUCCCACGGGACCCGUCAGGGAAGUCCAGAGCUCUGUGAGGACUGCGCCAGGUGGCUUCGGGCACAAGGACCAUCAUAUGUUCUCUGCGGCCAUUUCCCAGAUUAGGGUAGAAGUGGGUCUUUUAAAAAAUAUUACUAUUUAUUGUGAAAACACGCCUGCUUUUCUCAGCAGGCUCUGAGGCCAGCCCCUCUCGCUGCUCCGGAGGUACAGGAGGCACAGGCCCCGAGCAUGGGGACCGGGCUGGGUUUGACAGGGGGGCAAGGAUGACGGCCAGGCUCAUCCUUGCCUGGCAACUCGCACUGCCCACUGCCCAGGCUGGACUGCUGCAGGCCCUGGUCCAGGUGAUCCGGGGGUGAUCCAGGGUGCAGAGCUGUAGGGGACACUUCCUCUGGGUCUCCAUCCCCUCCCCCUUUGCCUCAACGAUACGGUGCCCAGAACUGCUCUGCGGUCCCCUGGGGGGCAGCGGCAGGAUGGGAGUGAGAGUGGUCAGGUGACUGUGCAGUAUGGAAAGGCCCCUGGGACCCCUAAUAGGCAACUGACCACACCCCAGCCUCCCUGCUAUCCGCAGGGAAGGACUGGGGAUGAGUGUGGCCUUUGCUUCCCUGAGGUGAGUGGGGCACUGGCCCCAUGCUUGGACACCCACUUCCACAUGUUCAUACAUGAAAUUGCCAGGCUGAGGUGUGAGUGUGUGUGUACCAGCAGGCUUCUCCAAUAUCUUGAUUCCAUGUCUGGUCCCUGCGCCUUUCUCUGAAAUCCAUGUGUCUCUGAAGUUAGGCAUUUUUUUUUUUUUUUUUUUUGCUUUGAGGAAGAUGACAGAUUCCAUUCAUCAUGUGUCUCCUGACACGCCAGUAGAGUUUGGGCUGUCUCCCUACUGUCAAGCAUGGGCAUAAUUCUAGAGAAUAUUCGUUGGGACCCAUGAACUAUAAAUAGCCCAUCUGUUCAGGUCAGAUCUCGCUCUUGGGCUCGUCCUGGGGGACGCUGGCCAUUGUACCGUAUUUUAAGGUUCAGAAUUUGCAGAGUGGUGUCGUGAGGUUAGGGACCUCAGUCUGAAACUCCUCUGUGCAAGCGGCUUCAUUGGAGACCGGUUAUUGGUUGUGUCGCGCUAAGCAGUUCCCUAGGAGUGAUUGGAACAGAGUUAGACCUCAAAUUGGGGGAAGAAACUGAAGAAGGGAUGCAGGCACCAAUCUGAAAUUAAGAGAAAGGAAUAUAUGCUUUUCCCAUUCUCAUUCUCAUUCAAAUGUGGGAAGCGCUAACAUGUGUGAUGGGCCCAGAGCUCGGCUUCCAGCCAUACUGUCCUUGAGCCAUUAGUGGGUUCCUCCCUGAGAGGGUUUCUUCAGCUAUCUGAGGCUCUGUUACAGCCCGGAUGAGGCUGGAGAAGGGAGCUGGCCACCUUCUGUGUUACGGGAUGGAAGCCCUUGGCAUCUACACGAGAGUGUCCUGGCCCUUUAGUCUUUGGGAGUAGACCUCGGCCUCUCCCAAAUUGGUCAGCCCCUGACAUUAUGCAGCCACUCACUGGCCCAGCUCUGGGGCCACUCUCUGCUGCUGGCCUGUCCACCUGUCAGAUUCUUCCGUGGAUGUCUGAGGUUGAACUGAACCUUUGGACACCUGGCAGGAUCAUUGGGUCUGCCUUGCCCUGCCUUUCUCACAAAUCCAGCCCGGGCUUCUGUCGCUUCUCUGUGUUUGUAGUCCCACACACCUUGGCUUGGUCCUACGCACAAAACUGUCACCCCUGCAGAUUGCUGCACUCGAGGAAGCCCAUGUCAGGGAGUUGAGAUGUCCUAGAGCUUCAUCACAGCCCCAGCAGAGGAAAAUGAUGGGUCCCCGUGACUUCCCACGCCUGCCAACCCACGGCCCUUCACCCCACACAACUGUAGCCGAGUGAUGACAGGUUUCAGCGGGGGCAGCCCCCACGGCGAGGGAAAGGUCCAUUCUUCUCGGCUUGCGCUGAGGGUGGUGGCUGGGGGAGUUGAGAGGAGGUAGCCAUUUGUGUCGCUUGUUUAGCGACACGAGCUGUGUGCAGGUGGGACUUAAGUGAAUGGCAGGUGUCACCAUGGGUCCCUAUGUAGGAUGGCUUAAUACUGGGAUUUGUGAACUUAGAAGGUGGUCUCCUGGGCACUGCCCCCUCCGAUAGGCUGGUGUGGGGCAGGGCCAGGAGCUCCCUCCCCCGCCAAUCCUCUGAACAGAAUUUGAGGGUUGCCCCCCCGGGGUCAAAAACAGCAGCCCCAGCCGGGCAUGGUGGCGCACGCCUUUAAUCCCAGCCCUCGGGAGGCAGAGGUAGGAGGAUCGCCAUGAGUUUGAGGCCACCCUGAGACUCCAUAGUGAAUUCCAGGUCAGUCUUGGCUAGAGUGAGACCCUACCUCGAAAAACCAAAAAAAAAGUAUAAGCCACGCCCACAGACACACACACACACACACACACACACACACACACACACACACACACACACACACACACCUCUUAGAAACCACAGGGAAGAAAGACAAACCUCCUCACAGGGAGCAGAAAGACCACCCCACCUCUGCCCUUUGUAUUCCCAGAGCUCAGCUGCCCUCAAGACCAUGCCUCUCCUGGCUUUAGCGUGUCCCUUCCCGAGGACCAAAGCAGAAACUGUGCUGGGAACUGCCUGGUCCCGCUCGCCACCCAUGGGAUCCAGUCAGCCCAUUCCCACUGCAGGGCCGUGCUGGCUGUGUGAAUGCAUCCUGGAGGCACGGGGUGUACUGAUGUGUGUGGGGGGGUGCAGGGGUAGAGGAUGGGUGGGGGCGGACUGAGGAGCAGUCUGCUAAAAGGCAAUGCAGGAAGUUAAAGAGCCCCACCUCAGCUAGCGUGUUCCCUGGGCAGAAAAAGGCAGAUGUGCAAAAGACAAGUCAUCCACACAUUUCCCAAACACCAGGAAGGCUGAAACCCUCAGACCAGGAUGAAAUUCUCCCCAAGGUCCAAAGGUCCUGAUGAGGAACGUGAAGCUGAAAUGGCAACUGUUCUUUCUCCCUAAAAUGCAAACCACAGCCCCCCCCCACUCUGAAUCUUCUGGUUUAACGGAACCCUGUUUUUCGGGAUGUUGUUUGAAGAACGCUGGGGCUGUGUACAAAUGACUUGGGGAGAUGCAGACCAGGUUGCAGGUCCUCUGUUGGUGGUGAAGGCUCUGGGCAAGUUAUUCUCAUGCCCUCUGGAGGGUGCCCAUGCAUGUUCCCACGUGGGGACCAGAGGGAGCCUUUCAAAGCAAAAACCUGCCAGCUAGUGGCCCCUGGAGACUUGACCUUGCUGGUGGUGGUUGGGUGGAGGCAGCCUGGGCUUGGGGAAUGGUCUAGAACCACUGCGCCUCCAAAAGCAGAAUUGCCUCAAGGCUGAUGCAGUCCAGGGUCUCCCCCUAGUGGAAGCAGGGAGCCACCCUGGCCUAGGGAGCUUCCCUGCUAGUGUUUCUACAGUUGGCAAGUGGUCUAUGGGCAGGUCCCGGGCAAGAUACCCUCAACUCCACAUUCCUGCAGCCUGCAGCCCCCACUAUUGGGGAAGACCCCUUCUCCAAGGCUAGAGUUAUGUCUCCUUCCAGAGAGUUCUGGGACCAAUUGGGCCUUUGGCAACAGUAAUAAUGUUGUGGAAAAGGUCAGAAAAGCAAGUGGUUGAGAGACUUAGGGUUUGCAUUUUCCUCUUCCGUUUUCUUCCUGAUGGCUUCUUAGAUAGGUAGGGAGGUGCUCAGGCUCAGAGCGUGGACCACCCCAACUCCCACAUCCCACCACGGCAGGAAGACACUUAGCCGGUGUGAUCCCCAGCGCCCUCUGCACCUGGAGGUGACGCUGACCCAGUCCCAUCAGGACAACCUGGGAAUCAAAUGGGUCCUGGACAGCCACAGCCUUUUCCCCCAUUCCUGCCAAAGCCAGCAGUGAGAGGGCCUGGGAUCAUGGGGACAGGCAGCUGUGCUGGCGGAACACUGGCUCCAAGCGCCACAACCCCUCUUUUGUGUGAGUUCUCCUGGGAAGACACUUACUUGCCCCAGAUAGGAUACCAACAGACCAAAGAAAUGAUUCCAUUCAAGUCCAGUUUGGUGAAUCAGAGAGUUUCUUGGGGGCCGCUUCCAAGAGCAGGAGUGACCAUCCGUCAUCUGCAUCAUGAAAAGACCCGCCCCAGACAGGUGACUCACGAACGCAUAUGCACUCUUGUCUCCACCCUAGUCUAUCCCCCCCAUAUAUAUUUUGUGGGCCCUAAGGACCAUGUGCAGCUGGGGGGGUGAGGUGGGGAGCAAGAGGGAGGGAGUGGCUGACGCCUCCUUUCUUGUGAGGUGCUCAUGCAGGAAAUCAAAGAUGCUAUGACUUCAAGAUGGCAAUGGCCAGGCUGUGUCUACAGGACAGUAUUCCCCACGCCUGUGCUGUCUGCGGGCAGAAGGGGCCACCUUGCAUGUUUCUGGAGCUCCUGGUACAAGUCCAAAGCGUCUGGAUUUGGAUUUAGCUAGGGAACCUCAACCUCCAAUCUGUCUCACCUCCUGCCCGAAUUUUCCAGAAGGCCCAUCCCAUGGUCCACCCUUGAAGCAUCUUCACGCAAGUGGACAGGCGCACACACUGCCCCGCUCACACGAUAUACACUCAUAGCCCCCUGACUACAGUGGCACAAAGGGAACUCAGAGUUGGACUUCACCAAAGUGGACCUCACACUCCCUCCAGGACCCUGUCUGUCCUCACCACACCCCAAACUCCACCCAAUGUAAACACUGGCUCCUCUCCCUUUCUAGGACCCCCUGGACAAUGGAUCACUUCCUCCAGGGGUCCAUGGGCUCAGCAUUCCCCACCCCACCCAAUCCAGCUAUGCUUGACCCCCAUGGCCCUGGGGCGUGCGGAGGGAGAGGCUAGGUGGGGCUGUCCUGCGGGGGUAACUGUAUUUGAGGCUUUUCUGGGGCUGGAGAUAACCUUGACUUCUGAAACCCUGUCUGCUCUGCCCCUCCUGGCCCAGCCCAGGAGUCAACGAAGAGGAGCAAAGAAGACGCAGACAGGGUGUUCUGAACAGGGGGAAGUGAUAGGGGCGGUGACAGGCUCCAUGGCCCUGUGGAGCUGUGGCUGGCCCUCUGCAUGGGCGAGGCUCCGUGCUGUCGUACAGAGUGCGAUUUUAUUUUAAACACAUAAAGACAAUUGGCUUGUGUGUCUGUCCUGAGUUUACACAAGGAUGAGUGUUGUGCCGUGAAUUCGUGUUUUGGUGCUGUGGUUGGUUUUUGUCUGGGUCUCUUUUUCCCUCUGUUCAAUUAAUUGCUGUCCACUUCCGUGGUCUCUGACAAUAUCCAGGGCCCUUUAUAUCACUUCUACCCCAAGGAGCCCAUCCCACAUCAAUCCAGCUAAGGGGACAUUUCUGGCCCAUUCCAAAGGUUUCUUGGAAGAAAAAUAAAUAAAUAAAAAUUCAAAUGUCAGGGCUCUGUGGGAGAUCUUUCGGUUUCCCUGGCCAAGUGUGCAGCUUGGAGCCCAAGCCUGGCUGUGGAUCUUUCUCGGCGCCCUUAGGCCUGAACCCUGGCCCUGCUCCAGAGCUCUCCAGCUUCCCCGGCCACGGAGCAGGCUGCACGUUUCCCCAUCCUUCUGCCCACUUUAAACCCCUUCCCUCCAGCGGCACGACUGUAUGUGUGAGGAAGAAUACCAUGUAUGACCACCAAAAUCUGUGUACAUAUCUCCAUGUAUAUGUAUGUACAUACACGAGCGUUCCUAUUAUAAACACGAAAAGCAUGGCAUCUGUUUGGCAUUCCAAUCUGUUUUCUUUUUUCCCCUAGAUCCUCGGAAAUAUGGUUUUGGAACCCUUUUCUUUCUUUUCCUCUUUUCUAUGUAAUAAAUAUUCACGUGACCUUU